CGCCGGCACCGGGGGCUGCACCGGGGGCUGCACCGGGGCCGGGAGGACCCGGGACCGGCAGUACCGGGGCUGGGAGAUCCCGGGGAGGGAGAGCGGGAUCGGUGCCGGAUAGGGCUGAGCCGAUCCCGGGGACCGGCAGGGACUAAGGGGAGCCAGGACCGGGCAGGUACGGGGAUAACCGGGCAGGUACCGGUGACUAAACCGCGCCUCUCCCGGUACCGGAGCGUUUUCCAUCUCCAUCCAAAGCCUGCAUCCCGCAGCCCCCCCCGCGAUGCUGCCCGCUGCCCCCCGCCAUGCUGCCCCCGGGCCGGCUGGGCGGUUCCCCGUGUGAAGCGGGCGGUUCCCCGGUGACAGCGGGCGGUUCCCCGGUAACACCGGGCGGUUCACCCGGUCCCACCGGGCCGCUCCCCGCGAUGCUGCGGCGGCUGCUGGAGCGGCCGUGCUCGCUGGCGCUGCUGGUGAGCUGCCAGUUCGCCUUCGUGGCCUAUUUCUCGCUGGGCGGGUUCCGGAACCUGACGGCGCUGUUCGGCCGCCCCGCCGGGCCCGCCGUGGAUUAUUCACGGACGCACGACGUGUACGCCAACCUGAGCCACACCGGACCGGCACCGACACCGGACCCCGCCCGGCCGCUGCCCUUCUGCCCGGAGAGAUCGCCCCUGCUCGUGGGCCCGCUGGCCGUUUCCUUCUCCCGCGUGCCCACGCUGGAGCAGAUCCGCGCCAAGAACCCGGGGGUGCGGCCGGGGGGCCGCUACCGCCCGCCGCGCUGCGAGGCGCGCUCCCGCACCGCCGUCAUCGUCCCGCACCGCAACCGCGAGGGCCACCUGCGCCACCUGCUCUACUACCUGCACCCCUUCCUGCAGCGCCAGCAGCUGCACUACGGCAUCUACGUGGUGCACCAGGCCGGGAACUCGACGUUUAACCGCGCCAAGCUGCUGAACGUGGGCGUGAAGGAGGCGCUGAAGGACGAGGAGUGGGACUGCCUGUUCCUGCACGACGUGGACCUGAUCCCCGAGAACGACCACAACCUGUACACCUGCGACCUGGACCCCAAACACGCCUCCGUGGCCAUGAACAAGUUCGGAUACAGCCUGCCGUACCCGCAGUAUUUCGGGGGGGUCUCGGCGCUCACCCCCGAUCAGUACAUGAAGAUCAACGUUCCCAACGAGUACUGGGGCUGGGGCGGCGAGGACGACGACAUCGCCACCAGGGUGCGCCUGGCCGGGAUGAAGAUCUCGCGCCCGCCCGUCGCCAUCGGCCACUACAAGAUGGUGAAACACAAGAGCGACAAAGGCAACGAGGAGAACCCACACAGGUUCGACCUGCUGGUGCGGACGCAGCGCUCGUGGACGCAGGACGGGAUGAACUCGCUGAGCUACGCGCUGCUGGCCAAGGAGCUGCGGCCGCUCUACACCAACCUCACCGUGGACAUCGGCACGGACCCCGCGGCACCGGGCACCGCCACCACCGGCAUCAGCACCGCGCCCACCGGCAUCGGCACCGCCACCGCCAUCGGCACCGCGCCCACCGGCACCGGCACCGCGCCCAUCGGUACCGGCACCGCCAUCGGCACCGCGCCCACCGGCACCAUCGGCACCGCGCCCACCGGCACUGCCAUCGGCACCGCGCCCACCGCCAUCGGCACCAUCGGCACCGCGCCCACCGGCACCAUCGGCACCGCGCCCACCGCCAUCGGCACCAUUGGCACCGGCACCGGGAGGGAACCGGAGCACGGCGCAGGGACCCCCGUGAUCCCCCCACACCCAAAAUUCCCUCCCGGAGAGGGGACACGAGGACACGGGGAGGGGACAGGGCUGAGCCAGGGGGUCUCCUCUCUUCUCCUCUUCUCCUCUUCUCUCCUCUCCCCGCGGUUUUUUGGGGGGUUUUUUUUGGGGGGGUCCCCGAGUCGGGCGCGCGGGUAUUUAUUGUAUUUAUGAGCCGCUCCCUUGCACCUUUCUAAAGGGGGUUUUUUUCAAUUAAA